AUGACUGUGGAUUCUUACUGGGCGCCAUUUUAUCACUUCACAUUUAUCUAUCUAUCUAUCUAUCUAUCUAUCUCUAUGAACCUAUCCUGUUUAUUAUCUAUCUAUCUAUCUAUCUAUCUAUCUAUCUAUCUAUCUAUCUCCUGUUCAUUAUCUAUCUAUCUAUCUAUCUAUCUAUCUAUCUUCUUGCUCAUUAUCUAUUUAUCAACUUCUUUGAAUCUAUGUAUCUAUCAGCCAGUUUAUUAUCUAUCUAUCUAUCUAUCUAUCUAUCUGUCUCUUCUUUAUCUAUCUAUAUAUAGCUACGUAUCUAUGUAUCUAUCAGUCUGUUUAUUAUCUAUCUAUCUAUCAGUGUACAACAUGAAUGCAGCGAGUGUUUUUCCCUCGUGUUUUUUUCUUUCUUUCUUUAUAUUAAAGCUACACGAAUAUCUUGUAUACAUUCGAAUCUAUUACUUAUUUACGAAUCUUUUCCUUACGUUCGAAUCUGUUGGUCUCCCCCCCUCUCUCCCUCUCCCCCUCUCUCCCUCUCCCCCCUCUCUCCCUCUCCCCCUCUCUCCCUCUCUCUCUCUAAUUCCCUUUUUCGAUCUUUUCCCUCUUAUUUCUCUCUCUCUCUUUCUCUCUCUCUCUCUCGCGCGCGCUGUUAUUAAUCACUUAACUUCCAUUUUUCUCCACAUGUAA